AUGAAAAAAAAGUAACUUGAAAGAGAUGAACAGGGCAAUUUAAUUAUGAAUGAGUAAAAUAUUAUAGAGAUUUGCGAAAAAGAAGGAUUAUAUGAGUAUCCAGAACUGAAUUCAAAAUUAUAUUUACAUUUUAAGGGUAAUUAAGAGUAAUUAAUUUUAAGCAUUCAGAAAAAUUGGAGGUUUGGACAACUUCAUAAAUGUUAAGACUUUGUGGUUAGAAAAUAACUUUAUUACAAGAAUAGAGGGAUUAGAAAAUCUUUAAUAACUAACACAUUUAUUUUUACAAAAUAAUCUAAUUUAAAAAAUUGAAGGAUUACGAGAAAAUUUAGAAUUGAUUACAUUGAAUCUAUCUAAUAAUUGUAUUAAAGUGGUUGAAAAUUUGUAGAGGCUCUAAAAGCUUUCUAGUUUGGAUUUAUCAACAAACAAAUUGAAAUCAGUUUCUGAUAUAUGGGAAUUAGAANGA